AUGCCAGGAAAAUCCACUAUCCACAACACACCAGAAGUCCUUGUAGUCCUAGUUGUGGACGGAACUUACCGUCUUGCCGAUCAUUUUCACACCCUCGUCAACACCUUUCUCGAAAAUAUUUUAAUAGAACUGUCGAAACCGAUACUAUUCGAAAACGAGGAAAAAACAUCACCAGAGCGGAAAAUACCGACAUUGAAAUGUGGACUUGUAGUAUUUCAUCAUUACAGACCGUUCUCUGCAGUGCCUGUCGAAUCAAGAUAUUUUUCGCAGGAUAAAUUGAAGUUUUUGGAACAGUUAAAGGAGCUAGAGUUUAAGCACGGGGGGAUGUCGAAGAAUGCUGUGGCGGAGGGAUUGGUUGCUGCUUUGGAAAUGUUUGAACAGCAUAAGCUACGAAAGAAUGAUGGCAUUGGUGGAGGGGGAGGAAGUGAUAGUAGUGCCAGUAAUGCAACAACACCACUUUUUGAACCAAAACGACAUUGCAUUCUUAUUUCAAAUAGUGAACCGCUAGCCGACCCAGUUCAUUUUAAUUUCGAUGAAAAGUAUGAUAAUUUCACGAUUGGUCAGAUUUGCGAGGAGAUGGCUAAUCAGGAUAUUUUCUUGUCAUUGAUUGCGCCGGAAGGUGAGAAACCUGAACUGGAAGAUAUUGUGAAGAAGGUCAAUAAGCGUAAUCAAAUGGAGACUGCAGAAAGUGUAGACGCGUCACAUAUACUAAUGUUAGCAGGAGGAAUCAAAUUGCCAGAACCCAAAGCUCACGAGGGGCUUAAUAUAUUUAAACGUGAAGAAUCCGGAGAUAUUCAUCAUACUGGACAACCAGUCACAAAAAAACAAAAAGUGGAUCAUGAAAAAAAUGAACAACAAACAAAUAAUCCCUCACAAGUACCAACACCAACAUCAGUGCGCCAGUCGCCAGCUUCUUCGCCAAAUUUACAACAAGCAAAUUCUAAUAAUAGAGCAAAGAAGACUCCAUUAAUGACCAAUCAAAAACUUCAACCUCCUUCGGCAAGAUCAUCUCCUGUUGCCCAUCCAUCUCCAAUUCCACCAACUGUUCUUGUUUCAUCACCAAUUGCUAUGACACCACCACCUGCCCCUACUACCCACACUUCACCUAUUCCUGCGGUUAUGCAAACCACACCAAUUCUUACAACUGCGACUGUAGCUCCUCAAGGUGCAGCUGCAGCGGCAACAGCAACUCCUAUAGUAUCUCCUGCAAUGUCGGUACAACCAAUUCCGAUAAAUGUUCCAAUGCAUCUUUCUCCAAAUCUAUUCGCGAAUUUAUCCCCGCAGAUAAUAACAGGCACACAGCAACAAACAGGCACACAGCAACAAACAGGCACACAGCCACAACAAAGAAUGCAAGUAAUCCGCAAUAUGCAACAAAAUCCACAAAUGGCCAAAAUCCCAAUAAAUGCACGGUUAAUGGACCAAAAGAAAUUGUUAAAUGUGCAGCAGCAACAACAGCAACAAACUAGCAGUAUCUAUAGGCAGCAACCUGGUACUUUAACGUUGAUCCAACAAAAGAACAACAUGCUGAAACAACAGUAUGCUCAAAGCCAACAAAAUGUCAUGAAGAAAGUCGCUGAGCACUCAAUCAAUGCAAUUGAUCCGUCGAAUCUUUCGAUACCAGCAGCUGCUGCACAAAAUCCAUCAUCUCAGCAACAAAAACAAAUGACAUCGUCAUUAUGGAGUGGGCAAAUACUUUGGUAUACUGGUGGUCCUCAAGGCGCAAGACGCGAAUUAAAUUGUAUAGUGAACGCGUAUCCAAUGAUUGAUAAAACUAAAGCUCUUACUCUAUCUGAUUUUAAUAUUCCAAUUUGGCCGGAAAAAAUGGAGAUUUUUGCUGUGCUUCCCGCUAAAGACAUACAACGGGACGCUGGCAGUCGUCCUUUUGUCUCGCUUAUUCCAUCACCACAAUCUGGCGCAGAAAAUCAAAAUUCAUUUAGCAUGUUGCUUAAUAACUUGUUUAGACGAGAACUGUUAAUGCAACAGUUUGCUGCUGCUCAGAAUCCUCCAAUUAUGCAUCCUGGAGUUAUGCAACGGCUUGCUCAAAAUCCUAGCAAGUGUUUUAUUCCUCAUUUUUUGGGUUGA